AUGUCGUCUUCUUCUUCAUUUUCUCUUCACAAACACUCUACCACUGCCUCUUCUUCUGCUGCUGCUUCUUCUUGCUCUGUUUCAGUUUUGAAACAGGACAGUGGGGCCAGCUGUGAGCGGGAUCCGGGGAGGCUCAUGCGGCAGAGGAAGCUCCGCUACCUCAGCAACCUGGACCUCAGCUUCUCUAGUUCCUCUCUCACUUCGCCUGAACAUUUGUCCCCCUUGCCUCUUACUGAAUCUCCUCUGAUCCGCAGAUCCAACUCUGUGCAUACAGAUAGAAACCAGAUUGCCACAACCUCAGCAACCCUGAAUUCUAAUUCAAGCAUUUGUCAAGGGGCAUUAUAUAAUGGUGGGGGUUUUAAUUACAACAUGGGCCUGAAUGCUUUGUCUAGGACAACUCAAGCAAAUCGAAUCGCAAGUCAUCCUCUUGCACCACUAAGACCAGACAUUGUGUGUGGUUUUCCUAUACAUGUUGCCACCACUUCAUCCAUUAAUCGUUCAAGCAUUUGUCAGAGGAGAAUGCCAGAAGAUCUUGAUUGUGGAUAUGAAGGUUACAACUUCAGUAGGAGUGCUCCAACAAGUCCUUCAUUUAGCCCUAGAAGAUCAAAUGCCAUGGAUCCUUUUCCUACUUUUGGGGUUUCUCAAGAACAAUAUCAGGAUUCCUAUCCUUCAAGAUUACAACCAAACAAUCCUCAUCAUAGUCCCAGUCAUAUUUCUCCUCCUCACAGCCCCACAUCUCGAAGUCUACGCUUCAACCAAGAAAGUUCAAAUGGAAAUGCAUUUGCGUUGCAUCAUAAAUCAUUUACAGAAAGGGCUGAAAGUAGUAGUCAAGUGACAGUCAAUGCUCAUCCUUUGCCUUUGCCUCCUGGAGCAGUGGAACCACCACAGCCAUCUAUCAUGCAUCAUAAUGCAGAACUUGUAUCCACAUCAUCAAUGAAAGCUCAAUGGCAGAAGGGAAAACUUAUUGGACGCGGUACCUUUGGUAGGGUUUAUCAUGCAACCAACCGAGAUACCGGGGCCUUGUGUGCAAUGAAAGAAGUUGAUCUCAUUCCCGAUGAUCCUAAAUUUGCUGAAUGUAUAAAGCAAUUGGAGCAGGAAAUUGAAGUCCUCCGUACACUGAAUCAUCCGAAUAUUGUGCAGUAUUAUGGUAGUGAAGUAAUUGAUGAUCACUUCUACAUGUACUUGGAGUACGUUUAUCCUGGAUCAAUCAAUAAGUACGUCCAAGACCAUAUUAUUGGAGCUAUUGCAGAAUCUGUAGUUCGCAAUUUUACUCGCCAUAUCCUCUAUGGGCUGGCCUUUUUGCACAGCAAGAAGAUAGUUCACAGGGACAUAAAGGGUGCAAAUUUGUGCGUUGAUACAUCAGGAGUUGUUAAAAUUGCUGGUUUUGGGAUGGCAAAACGACUUAACGGACAGUCAAACAAUCUUUCUCUGAAGGGCAGUCCAUACUGGAUGGCUCCUGAGGUCAUAAUACAAAACAAUCCAGAUCUUGGUUUGGCUGUUGAUAUAUGGAGUUUGGGUUGUACCAUCAUUGAGAUGUUGAAUGGAAAACCUCCUUGGAGUGACUUUACAGGACCUCAAGCCAUGUUCAAGGUUCUGGACAAAAUCCCAGAUAUACCAGAAACAUUAUCUGCAGAAGGAAAGGACUUCCUCAGUCGGUGUUUUCGUAGGAACCCUGCAGAGAGACCAUCAGCUAAUCAGCUACUUGAGCAUCCUUUUGUACUAAACUCACACUAUGCCCACAAUUUUUCUCUGAUGAACCUGGAUAACUUGCGUAGUCCUAGAGACCAAACUAAGCUAGAAAAUGGUCGACGAGGGAGGAAUAUGAAACCUGUUAGCGGCUAA